GUCGACGGAUCCGUGUCAUCGCGGCUGAACAGUAUAACGGUCGCUGGCUAGCAACUCCAUGGCUGCGGGAACACCAGGUUUACAUUCCGCUUUUCGUAAGUUCCGUUAAAUACCUCAAGGGUGAUCCGCCCCAUGUAAGACCAAGAGUCAUCGACCUGGGACCAGAGGCCAGAACAGUAACAAGAACUGCCGUGUCUUUCAUCAGCAGAUGUCAACUAGAAGCAAUAUUCGCACAUUCACAGCUGAUCGAUCUAUCGACUCCAGACGCAGGCCUGACGUGGGGGGAAUCUCAAGCACUCUGACGUAGAAUGCCGUAGAUUAUCCCAGUGAGCGAUGAACUUCACCGAACUCAACAUGUGUCUGGACCGCCAUGCAAUGACUGAGACCUACUGAUACAUGGGUAAACAGGCCUGGACGAGAGGCAGUAGAAAGAAUAUAGCAUUUAGGCUUAGUUUACACGGUUCUCAGUCUCUUGAAGCUGACGAAAACAUCCCUGUUGCUAGCAAGUCUGUCAAUAUGCCUAGCGUCGGUGCCAAGUUCACCCAGCCCGUGUCUCUAGAAGGGGAGAGACGGAAAGCCAUGAUGUUGGUUCACUCUGUGGAGAAGGACAUCGUGCUCUUCAGAGAUAGGUACUUCCGGAAACCCCAAAACAAGUUCAACGAUGACACCAAUGAUUUCAUAGCGUUCGUGUUGGAGAAAACCGGCUCAACCCGGAGACCGCCGAAGAGUUUCCGGGAGUUUUCCAUGCUGGUUGUUAAGACUCGCUCGAGUGCGGCGUUGCUGUAUAGAGAGGAGAUGGCCGUCAUGGACGCUGUCGUCGAGCGGCAGAUGAUGUUUGAGGAGCUCAUGAUGUCGGGGAUGGAACGUUUAGACGACGCUUUGAAAAAACAUAUCGGUAAGUUCUGCCAGAGCUUCGUGUCUGAGGCGGAGGGCAUGGAUGUGAGAUGCGUCAUGGACUACGAAAACAACAUAACAAGGUGGAAAGAUGCUAUACGCGAUGGUAAAAGUCUGUUGAAGGACAUCACACAGAGCCUGAAAGACCAUGGCGCGCCAUUUCACCAUUUCGUAAGGAAUUAUAACAAGAUCCUACACUAUAUUGGUCUGUCGCUGGAGGUAUUCCCGCGCAUCUACAACCCUCUGAAAGACUGGGUGACGGCCGACGAGGCCUAUGCGCGAAAGGUGCAGGACGAGCUGAAUCUCGCGAUGAAGCGGAAGAUGGACAUUACUGAAACGGGCAGACGCCAGCAGAUGAGGGCCGACAACAUGAGUCACCAGGUCCAGCAUCAGAGCUAUCAGACGAAGAAGCUGAGGGGACGACUGUAUGAUGCGAUGGACGACCGGAAGUUCUGCCGGAGACGGGAAUUAGCACUCAUGGAUACAUAUGCUAAGAACGCUAGCCAACUGGAGCAGAAGCACCACUACCUGGAGGAGACAUUGAGUCGGCUCUACAGCCAGGAGCCGAACGGACGUCCCAUGUUCGACCGCCACCUGUCCUCUGUCGCCUCCCUGCAGGAGGACAUCGACAAGCUGGAGAAACGCCAGGAUACCCUGCAGAAGAACCUGGCCAACAUCAAGAAGGAGAGGUACCUGGUCCAGAAGGAGGUACACAAACUGCAGGUAAUGUAUGACAAGAGCAUCAGGUCCGAGGACGUCGUCCAUACCAACGCAGACUGUCAGGUAGCGGGGGUCAAGGUCAUACAGGACGAAAACCGAGUACUGGCGGAAAAAGUCGAGAUUCUCCGUAGAAUCAAGUCGCUGAAGUCACAUCCGCACACAAUCAGACACAUACACAACGAGGGCUACAUUCCGGGCCGCCGUAUAGAUAUAUCAGAUCGCCUCUUGACCGCUUUCCGGAUCGUGGCGCCCGAUGUAGGGCGCGACUGGGCGUUUCUCUAUCAGAAACUGCCGUUCAGUCCGCUGAGGGAUGCCGUGACUCGGACUCACGAUAUAGAACUACUGGAUCUGUCCUCACAGCGGAACGACCUGAGUCUGCGUGAGACGGUGUUGAAGAGUCUCGAGCGAUGGAGGCGUCUCAGCCAUGACGCCACAGUUCCAAACCUCGUGAAAGCUCUCAAAGAUAUUCGGAAACGAGAUCUGGCGAAAAAACUCGAGCGGGAGAUGCUGGUGACCAGUUGAUGUCGCCCGGACAUCCGAAUGUACACGAACUGACGAAGUGUAUCUCGAAAAACUCUUCCUUUCAGCUGGUCGGGACGUGUCUGUGAUAAACUGAACUGGGCUUAUAUAUCUUCGCCUACUAUUUCGUUAUUUGUUUCGAAUAAUAUCUCAAUCAAAACAAGAAUAAGGGCAUUGUUUUUAUAUUCUUGUUUUUACACUACACAGGCAUUUAUAAGAGAUGCACGUAUAAGUAUGUCAUCAUUGCACUUAUCCUUUAAAACACGACGGUACAAACCUGAUCUGUCACUUGAAUAAAUCUCACAAUAUAAAAUCAUGCGUCAAAAAUACACGUCAUAGUAUUGGGGAUUAUGCGGGACAUUGCCUGAAAAUAAGGUACAUAAAUAUGUUUUACAUAUAA